AUGGUCUACCCGUUCGACUAUCUCCAACACCGACGUGACUGCCAAUUCAAGCAGUCUGAACGCGCGGAUAGGAUCCGCCGCCUCACAUCAUACCAUGGCCCCUUCUCGGCCCAGGACCGUCAGAUCCUGGACCGGCCUAUCGAGGAGCUUGUGCAGGAUGUUCACAAGACGGUCCUGAAGCCCAUCGACAUCCUCAAGACGUACGGUAAGGUUGCCAUCAAGGCUCACGAGCGCACAAACUGCCUGACCGAGGUCAUGAUCGCCGACGCCGAGAAGUGGGUCGACGACGGCUCCAUUAACAUGAAGGGCCCGCUGGCCGGCAUUCCCGUGAGCCUCAAGGACACCAUCGUCGUCGGCGGCUACGACACCACCGUCGGCUUCAGCAGCUUCGUUGGCAACAAGACCCCCGACGACGGCCCCGUCGUGCGCCUUCUCAAGGACGCCGGCGCCGUGCCCUACGUCAAGACGAACAUGCCCAUCACUCUCCUCAGCUUCGAGUCCACCAACGACGUCUGGGGCCGCUGCAAGAACCCACACAACACGCGCUACUCCCCCGGCGGCUCCACCGGCGGCGAGAGUGCCCUCCUCGCCAUGGGCGGCCGCAUCGGCAUCGGCAGCGACGUCGCCGGCAGCGUGCGGGCCCCCGCCCACUUCUCGGGGUGCUACAGCCUGCGGUGCUCGACGGGGCGGUGGCCGAAGCUGGGCUUCUGCACGAGUAUGCCCGGCCAGGAGGGCGUGCCGUCCGUCUACAGCCCCAUGACGCGGACGCUCGACGACCUGCGCUACUUCACGCGCGCCGUCAUCGGCAUGCAGCCGUGGAAAUACGACUACAGCGUGCACCCGAUGCCGUGGAGGGCCGACGCCGAGAAGACCUGGCUCGAGAAGCCGCAGUUUCGCGUUGGCGUGAUGCGCACCGAUGGCGUCGUCGACCCGAGCCCGGCCUGCCGGCGCGCGUUGGAGAUGGUCGAGGCCGCGCUCCGUAGGGAGGGGCACGAGAUCGUCGAGAUCGACCCGCCGUCGCCGUACGAGGGGUUGCAGAUCGCGUCGCUGGCGCUUAACGCCGACGGUUGCCAAACGUUCAGCACCUUCUUCCGCACAGGAGAGUGGAACGACCCGGGCGCCGCGCAGAUGAAGUUCCUCAUGAAUCUGGCGAGCCCGCUGCGGUACCUGUACUACUUGUGGGUCAAGUACGUCCGCAGGGACGAGGUCUGGGCCGGCCUCGUGCGGGAUUGGCGCCCGCAGAGCGCCUUUGAGAACUGGAAGCUGGUGGCGAGGAGGGAAGCGUACCGGGCGCGGUGGUUCAGCUGGUGGGACUCGGCGGGCGUGGACGUUCUGAUCACGCCGCCGAACGCGACGCCUGCCGUGCCGCACGAUGGCAUGAAGGAUGCAGUGAGUAGCUGCGGCUAUACCUUCCUGUUCAACCUGCUCGACUACACCGCUGGUGUUCUCCCGGUGACACACGUGGACGAGAACCUGGACCAGCUGCCCGGCAACUUCAACAUCACCAAGCUGAACGGUGUCGCACGGGGUGCGUACAAGCUGUACGAUGCGGAGGACAUGCACGGCCUGCCCGUCGGCGUCCAGGUCGUCGGCAGGAGGCUGGAGGAGGAGAAGGUGCUGUCCGUCAUGAAGAGGAUCGAGGACGCUCUGGGCGAGGACAAGUACGAGCUGCUGGAGAUCGAUUAA